GUUGCAUUGCAUAAAACUUGCUUCUCCUGCCAACGAUUUGAAAGAGUUCCUAGCCAAAGCCAAAGAAGACUUUUUAAGAAAAUGGGAAAGCCCCCCUCAGAAUACUGCUGGCCUAGAUGAUUUUGAGAGGCAAAAAACCCUUGGAACAGGAUCAUUCGGGAGAGUUAUGAUGGUGAAACACAAAUCCACAGAACAGUAUUAUGCGAUGAAGAUACUGGACAAACAGAAGGUCGUCAAACUGAAGCAAAUAGAACACACACUGAAUGAGAAGAGAAUAUUGCAAGCGGUGAACUUUCCUUUCCUUGUAAAACUGGAGUAUUCUUUUAAGGACAAUUCUAAUUUAUACAUGGUAAUGGAGUAUGUUCCUGGUGGUGAAAUGUUUUCACAUCUAAGAAGAAUUGGAAGGUUCAGUGAACCACAUGCACGGUUUUAUGCAGCUCAGAUAGUGCUAACAUUUGAGUACCUCCAUUCGUUAGACCUCAUCUACAGAGAUCUAAAGCCUGAAAAUCUUUUAAUUGAUCAGCAAGGAUACAUCCAGGUCACGGACUUUGGCUUUGCAAAAAGAGUAAAAGGAAGAACUUGGACGUUAUGUGGGACUCCAGAAUACCUGGCGCCCGAAAUAAUUCUCAGCAAGGGUUACAACAAGGCAGUGGAUUGGUGGGCAUUAGGAGUGCUAAUCUAUGAAAUGGCAGCUGGAUAUCCCCCAUUCUUUGCAGAUCAGCCCAUUCAAAUUUAUGAAAAGAUUGUGUCUGGCAAGGUAAGGUUCCCAUCACACUUCAGUUCAGACCUAAAGGAUCUUCUAAGAAAUUUACUCCAGGUAGAUUUGACCAAACGGUAUGGAAAUCUCAAGAAUGGUGUAAAUGACAUAAAGAAUCACAAGUGGUUUGCAACUACAGAUUGGAUUGCCAUUUAUCAGAGAAAGGUAAGACCCUUCCUGAUCAAAACUAUUACAAGUCUUUAA